AUGAAGUUGAACAUCGCGAACCCCACCACGGGGUGCCAGAAGAAGGUCGAGAUCGAUGACGACCAGAAGCUGCGCAACCUUUAUGACAAGAGAAUCUCCCAGGAGGUAGUUGGUGAUCUUCUGGGUGAGGAAUUCAAGGGUUACAUCUUCAAGAUCAUGGGUGGCUGCGAUAAGCAGGGUUUCCCGAUGAAGCAAGGAGUGCUAACUUCUGGGCGUGUCCGCCUUCUGCUUCACAGGGGCACACCUUGCUUCCGUGGUUUUGGCAGGCGUAAUGGUGAGCGCAGGCGGAAAUCCGUCCGUGGUUGCAUUGUCAGCCAAGACCUAUCUGUUAUCAACUUGGUCAUUGUCAAGAAGGGUGAGAAUGAUCUGCCAGGCCUUACUGACACUGAGAAGCCCAGGAUGAGGGGACCCAAGAGGGCUUCCAAGAUCAAGAAGCUCUUCAACCUUGGCAAGGACGAUGAUGUCCGCAGCUAUGUCAACACGUACCGCAGGACCUUCCUUAACAAGAAGGGCAAGAAGGUGAGCAAGGCUCCCAAGAUCCAGCGUCUUGUGACUCCCUUGACCCUCCAGAGGAAGCGCGCCAGAAUCGCAGACAAGAAGAAGAGGAUUGCCAAGAAGAAGUCCGAGGCUGCGGAGUACCAGAAGCUGCUUGCACAAAGGCUGAAGGAGCAGAGGGACCGCCGGAGCGAGAGCAUGGCCAAGAGGAGGUCGAAGCUGUCUGCUGCCACCAAGGCUCCUGCUGCCUCUGCUUAA